UUUAUCCGUGAUGGCGUAGUCCUGUAAGCCGCUGGCUGCAGACACUGUCUCUCAGUGUCCCAGCCAGAAAAAAAAGUGUAACUUAAUAUUUCCCGGGCAACUGAGGUGAGGUCAUGUCAAUGAGAGUUUGGGGAAGGGGACAAUAGAGUCGCUUCCUGACCCAGUCAAAGCACUCGUGUCAGGCCGUGUGGAUACACACCCACUGAUUUCUACCUAUAUUACCAUCUGAUGCCUACACCUCUACCUGCUGGUUACAUCCGCAUCAGGGCAGUCAUGAGAACAUCAAUACUCUUGGCAGCUGGGUGCCUACUGUUAUUUCAAGAGUCGGUCGAUGGCCGCCAGGUUGGGAGCGCCUCACAGUGGAGCAGCAAUGAACUUAAUGCAUCUGAGAACUUCACUGAGAAAGAUGGCUACGGGAAAACCGCUGACUUAGCAAGUGAUGGCGUAAAAAGCAUCGAGUCUAACGCAGAUAAAGAUUUUCCUUACGAGCGAAACUCUGAUUGGUCUUCUGGUGCUUUCAGAGUGGAUUUUUUGGCAACUCCUCUUUGAGGAGAUCCUCGGGUGUGCUCAAGGCUGGUGGUGAAUCUUCGGUGUUAAGAAACUUAGAUACGGAGGAGGGGUCCGCUGGUGUGCCGGAGAAAAAAGGCAGGUCCUACCGAGCGCUGGGAGAGACUUGUGGGUCUAUUGAAGCGAGAGGUAAUGACUGGUCUUCUGGUGUGGGAGUGAAUGAGUCCAGUGUGGUGGGUGAUGACUACCAGUCUUCUGGGGACUGCGAGUCCUACGGUAACAGGUCCUCCGGGGACUGCGGGUCAUCAGGGAAGGGUGAGAUCGAUGGUGAGGCUGCCAGAACGAAGAGCACUCGCUCCAUUUUCAACGUAGAGUUGAUUAAUGUGACUGAUAAUGUUAGGCGAGUAGCCGCCAGGCAAGGAAUUGUGUGUCAUGAUGUCUGCAUACGCAUUAUUGCCCCUAUGUGUCGGGAGGAGUGCACUCGCCGGGGUCUAGAACGCUUGACCUGUCUGCUCAUCUGCUACUCGGCCCACCUGACCUGUUGUCAGUGUCGUCUACAGUGUCACCAUCCGCUGCAGCUGUGCUACACUGCCUGCCACGAGGACGACACACGGUGUAAGGACGUGUGUGUCGCUGAGGUUCAAGCUUGCUGUGCUGCUUUCAGAACUUGAAGGGCAAAUGCCAGAGAAUGUAAUAAUGUAAUAGCGGUCUUAAAAUUUUAUUUUCAUUCUUGUAAUACGAUGUCUUGUUUUUACAAAGUAUGUAAAGUUUUAAAUCUUGUUUUUCAUUUUUAGUGCCUUUUUUGUUUAAACCUCUAGAUAAUUUAGGACAUAAUAUACAAUGGCAAUUUUGUUCAUGCAUCUUAAUAAAUCAUGCUUUUU